AUGACCAGGCCUCCCCACGUCCACUGGGCUGUUGGCGGUGCUCAAGCGAGUGCCCGUCUUCUUCCUCCUUGCCCCUUCUCUGGCGGCGCCCCUCUGGCGAACGGGACCCGCUGUUGUCCCUCCUCCCUCCCUGCCUGGUCCGCUCCUGCCCGCGCGUCGCGCUGCCGCGCUCCACUGACAGCCUCCAGCGCUGCUCCUGCGGCCACUGCUCCGCCCGGUCUCUCCUCCCUGGGCGCCCAUAUGUCUCUGGAGCGCGCGGCUCAUCCUCCCACCGAUUCCUGCGUGCCUGCUGCCGCUCCAGCGGCUACCCGCCGUCGCCACUCCAAUCUCCCCGCUCUCCCCAUCGGUCAUGCGCCCUGGAAUCCCCUCCACGUCCGUCUCCACGCUGCUGCUCUCUUUCUGGCGCGUGGAUCCGCUCCGCCCUUCCCGCGCCCCGCUGCCUUUGUCUCCGCGUCUCGCGCUCCCUCUCAUCUUGGGCUAUCCGCUCCUGCUGAAGCGCGUCCUUGGCGCGCUGCUCUUCCCCACUGCUGGCCUCGCGGCCGUGCUAUCCCUCCGCCUGGCUCGCGCCAAUGUUCUCGUCCGCCUGUGCGUCGCUCCCUCCACCACUGGCCCCGCGCCGUCCGGUGUGCCCUCCGUGCGGUCGUCGCCGCGGGCAUCUCCUUCUCGUUCCCGGGGAAAUUCCCCGAAGCCCUGCCAACGGCCGCGGUCGUCACGGCGCCGUCCUCGCCCCUCUUGGGAGCGGAACCUCCCUUCCUCGCAGCGCCCGUCGCUGCUUCCUCUUGA